AUGGCCAACGGGAGCCUGGACGAUCGGCUCUUCCGGCGAGGGAACACCCCGGUCCUCCCGUGGCAGCUCCGGUUCAGGAUCGCCGCCGAGAUCGGCACGGGGCUCCUCUUCCUCCACCAGACGAAACCGGAGCCGCUCGUCCACCGGGACCUGAAACCAGGGAACAUCCUCCUCGACCACAACUACGUGAGCAAGAUCAGUGACGUGGGACUGGCGAGGCUCGUCCCUCCGACGGUGGCCGACACCGUCACCCAGUACAGGAUAACCUCCACGGCGGGGACCUUCUGCUACAUCGACCCGGAAUACCAGCAGACGGGCAUGCUGGGGAUCAAGUCGGACAUCUACUCCCUCGGGAUCAUGCUGCUGCAGCUCAUCACGGCAAAGCCCCCCAUGGGGCUCACCCACCACGUCGAGAGGGCGAUCGAGAAGGGAAACUUCAAGGAGAUGCUCGAUCCGGCGGUGCCCGACUGGCCUGUCGAGGAGGUGCUCGUCUUCGCCAAGAUGUCGCUCAAAUGCGCCGAGCUGCGGCGGAGGGACCGGCCGGACCUCGCCACCGCCAUCCUUCCGGAGCUCAACCGGCUGAGGGCCCUCGCCGAGGACCACAUGCACCACGGCGUACUCGGCUGCAUGAGCCCCCACGGUGGCAGUCACAGCCACAUCUCCAUUACCCAUGUAAGCUCGGCUCUCCCAUGACGUCCAUCGACGCGCCCCCCGAAAACCCUAGUUUCAAAGGAAUUGAUAGCUCCUUUCUAUACAUAUAAAAUGCAGGAUAUAAUGAGUGACCCGUUGAUGCAGUCCUCAUACGAGAGCUCCAAAAGCCGAUCGACGAGCGCAUCGUCAGGCAGAAGAGCGAGCCUCGCGUGA